UUCAAAAACCAAAAGAGAAAAUAAAGAGAAAAAGAAGAAGAAGAAUGGAAAAUCUUCCUUCAUUGCUUUACAGGAACCCAAAAAGAAGCACAAGGCAGUCAAGUAAAUACCUUGGAGUGAGAAGAAGGCAAUGGGGAAGGUAUGCAGCAGAGAUUAGAAAUCCAUAUACUAAAGAAAGACAUUGGUUAGGCACAUUUGACACUGCUGAAGAAGCUGCUGUUGCAUAUGAUUUAUCUUCAAUCUCUUUUAGUGGCAUUGAAAGAGCUCGUACAAAUUUUUACUACCCUUUCUUAACUCCAACAUCUCCUCCACCGUCAUUGCCUCUUCCUCCGCCCCCACCACCAUCUCCUGAAAUGGAAGAUGGGGAGCAAGUUAGCAUGGAGAUCAAUGAGACUGCCAUCCAAGAUAGUAAUGAUGAUGAUGAGUCUAUGGUUAUAGCUACCAUCUUGCAAAGUUUUUACCAGUCCACUAAUUGUAGUUCUUUCUAUCCAUAAGCUUAAGCUCAGGAAAUAUGAUACUUUUAUAUGGAUUCAUUAGGUUUUCUACUCACUUAC